GCCUCGUAGCGGUACACUGUUGGAAAAGGGAAAUGCAUGAGUGAGUGAGCGUGUGCGUGCAGUGAGGUGGUUCGCACCAAGGAAUCCUGUGAGCGUGUGUCUCAGCCGGUGAGACUACGGAUCGUGUGCGUGUGCAGUGUGCUGGUAGGUGUAAAGUGAUCGUCAAAGGGUGAAACAAAUCCCGAAUCCCGAAACCGAGUGUGGGAGCGAGAUAGCGAGGAGGACACUCCCGCGAAACUCACGCUUUCCUCGAACGGCCUCGCAGGGAGAGAACGUGGCCAGAGUCACGCGAGUAGAAACCGGCGACGAGAAACCGGGCCGUGGUCAGUCUCCCCAUCGAUCACCGUUCAGAUCACAGACGUUGCGUAACCUCGAAAAAGUGGAAAACACCUCAAUGAAAUCAAAAUGGAGAAACACUCGAUAGUUUGCGCGGCACUAUUCUCUUUUUUGACAAUAGCAACUUUCACACAUGGCGCGCAGAUUCCCUACAUGAAGCGCUCGACGACGAUAUUCACCAAGGAACCGACCGUACGGAUACAGUGUCAGUCGGGUUCGAUGCUGAUCACCAUCAAGGAUGCACCGGCCAACCUGAACGGCCAGUUCAGCGGGAUGGUGUACCCAAAAGGGUUGGCGAAAAAUUCGACUUGUCUCACCGAGUACCACGAACAGGAAGGUCCACUUCGAUACAAGCUGCCUCUGAAGAGCUGCAACACGAUGCCCAUCGAGACGGACGACGGUGGGAUCGAGUUCUUUAACACGAUCGUGCUUCAGCCUCAUCUCAAGCUCGUCACCGAUCUGGGGCGAGGCUAUCACGUACGCUGUCGAUACAAGAGUCGUGCUGCGGCCUUGAAGAACGCUUCCUUCCGACAUCAUACCACAGGAGAUAGCCGACCUCAAGCUCUGACGAGUGCUGAAGGUGGCACUGAUCGACGGGAACAUGGUCGUUCGAUGGACAGCAACAAGGACGAAGGAGCAUUGGCACCUGCAGUGGCUCAAGCUGCCACCGAAGACGAUCAGGACGUGAAAGCGAUGCCAGGUUGUCACAUGAAGAUCUUCACUGCAGGCGAUAAAUUGGCGGAGAACGUGAAGAUCGGUGAUCCACUGACGCUUGUCAUCAACAUCGAUCAGCAGGAGCAGUACGGAUUGCAUGUCACUGAUUGUCUCGUACGAGAUGGACUCGGUUGGGGUGAACAGAAGUUGAUCAACGAUGAAGGAUGUCCACUUGACAGCGAGAUCCUUGGUCCGUUCGAGUACACGGCUGAUCGGAGUAAGGCUACGGUCACCUUCCCGGCACACAAAUUCCCGUACACCUCGUCGGUGUACUAUCAGUGUAACGUGCGACUUUGUGGGCUCGAAGACCCUGACUGUCACAAGACACCCACUUGCUCGGGGAAAAACCGACGCACAAAGCGACAAACCGAGGAAGAAGGACAACCAGCCACGAUCGAGGUUUUCUCCGGGCUGCACGUCAACGAGAACGCCGAGGUGAUCAGCGAUGACGCGGAUUCGGUGUUCAAGGAGAAGACACCGGACGACGCCAUCUGCGUGUCCCAGCGAAGCUUCGCCGUUGCCAUAGCCAUCGCCGGGCUCUGCCUGAUGUUGGCCGUCGUCCUUGCGGUGAUGUGUAUUGUCGCACGUCGCAGCAAUAAGUCCGUAUCUCAUUCGGGCAGCUCCAUCUACAGUGGACCGUACACGAACACGGCUUUCUCGCACAGCAGCUAGGCCUCGUCGAUCGGAUCGAUCACCUUUCUCUAGGUGCCUCCGUUACUCUGUGAUGCCUUUGCCUCGAACGUUCGAACGAUCCUUUUCCUAAAAGGUACACGACAUAGACAUUAGGAUGGUGCGGAAUUGAACAUAGUGUUUUAAGAUAUUACCGAAGCAAUCCGGCUCGAUGUCGGACGAUUGCUUUGCUAAUAUCGCAGAGUCCUUGCGGUUUGGGAGUUGGCGAAUAGUCAAGAAGUUCGUCCUUCCGCCGCAGGUCUCUGGAAAGCGUAACUAACUCCUCGUUUACUUUUAACGUUAAUUCUACUAGCCGGUAGGGCUGUGUCUCAUUCGUUACUUCGCAGCACGAUCGAUCCUGAUCGAUUAAUCUUUGAUCCUUCACAACACGCUCACUUUCCGAAUCUAAGUCAGGUGAUGGGUACCUUCGAUAAGCCGCUCUAGCUAGUUUCCAUUUCAUUCCACGAUCCAUUAUUGCUUCCCUCCCAUGUAUCCCUGUGAGCCUUCCUAACAAGAGAGCGAGUGAGAGAGAGAGAGAGAGAGGGAAAACGAAAAAACGUAGGUCGAGCGCUGAAACGGGCACACUAAACGCACAACGGCAAUAUGAUUGAGGCAUUUCAUAAUUCACCACAUCGUCCCACGCAAUGUCCUUGAGGACAAAAGGACUUCUUCGGUUACGCUCGAGGACUCGACUGAUCGAGCUUGCCUUCCGCUUGCAAAACUGCCAAAACUUUGAGUUGCUCUGUAAAAAGGUGUAUCGCUAAUUUUAAUACUUUUUAUAUUUAUUUAAUCGCCCCUCUCCUUCGUCCUCGAAUGUUUCCAAAAACGUUCCCACGCUCCCCGGAAAUGCUCUCUCGUAUUGUGGUUGUGCCGUGCGUAGGGUAAGGACGUGUGUAUUACUUUAGCCAAUAGUGAAACAAUCGUGCAGGAGCAAACGAGCCCUUCGUACGGAAGGGUUUCACCUUUUUUUUUUACACACAUUUAGCAAAACUGAGCCGUAGAACGAGCCACCCUUCAACGUGAACGAAACGAUGCAUCAAAACGUACUGAUCGAAAACUAGUAAGCACAACGGUUAGGAAGUAGUGACAUUAAUAAAAUGUGAAUAUAAGUAAC